AUGCAACCGGUGAAUCGUGUCCUACACGCUUACGCGGGUGCCCAAUUGCGAAUUUUGGGCCAACUGGUUGUCGAGGUUCAGUACGGCGACCAGAAAGCAACGUUACCGCUAAUCAUCGUCCAUGCAGACAAGUACGCACCACCCUUGUUGGGCAGGGAGUGGUUGACAGUUCUCAAGCUGGACUGGCCUAAUCUGUUUUCUCAGGGUCAAUACGGUGUGAAUUCUGACCCAAUCGCCGAGUUGAAAAGUGAAUAUAAGGACAUUUUUCAGCCAGAGUUAGGCACAGUACGUGGAGUUAAGGCAACACUGCACGUCAAGGAAGACGCUAUUCCAGUUUUCCACAAGGCUCGCACAGUGCCAUUGGCUCUUCGCCCCGCAGUCGAAAAGGAACUCGCCAGAAUGGAGCAAGAGACAAUCAUUUACCCAGUUGAUUUCAGCGAGUGGGCGACACCCCUGGUGUGUGUACCCAAAACAGAUGGUACGGUACGCCUGUGUGGGGAUUACAAAAACACUGUAAACAAAUCAAUCCACACCGAUCAGUACCCCAUACCUACUUCGGAGGAAGUAUUCAGCAAGCUAGCCGGUGGGGAGAAAUUCUCCAAAAUCGACUUGAAAUGCGCAUAUCAGCAAAUGUUGCUCGACGACAAAUCCCAAGAAUACGUCACGAUUAACACGCACAAGGGACUGUAUCGGUAUACAUGCUUACCAUUCAGUAUCUCAUCGAGUCCUGCAAUCUGGCAGAGAUUCAUCGAACAAGUACUAGCAGGUCUGGACAGCACAUAA